GCCUUUCAUCACGGGAGCACCUUCACCAUUGGCCAAACACCCCCACCAUCACUUCCUCCCACCCUCUGUGCCUUUUAUGCUGAUUGAAAAGAAAAAAAGUUGGAUGUAAUCUGGUGUGACGCCACUAAUCCCAAUGCUACAAAUUAUAGGUCCCAUCCAUCUCACUCCACACAGACUCCCUGCAACUCCCCACCAGCAACUUCACAUCUGCCUAAGACAGUACAACGCUGAUAAAAGAGCAGAAGAUAUGGCUGUGGUUAGUGGAACUUACCGUAUGGUGUCGGAGGAGGAGCAGGCUCUCAGGGCCAAGCUGGAACGUCUCACCGUCAAGGACCACGGGCCAGUGUUUGGACCCUGCGCCAGCUUGCCGGACCACACCAAGCAGAAGGCCAAGGACGAGCUGAACGAGACAGAUGAGAAGCGGGAGGCGGCAGUGAAGGAGCUGCGAGAAAUGAUUAAGGAGAAGGCAGGUGCAGGUGACGACCUGGCCAAGGGUGUGCAGGACACGUUUGGAGAGAAACCAGACAGUUUGCUGGUCCGCUUCAUCCGGGCCAGGAAGUACGACGUGCCCAGAGCCUUCGACCUAAUGAAGGGCUACGUGCGUUUCAGGAAGGAUUACCCCGAGCUGUUUGAGAAUCUGACCCCAGAGGCCGUACGCAGCACCAUCGAGGCCGGCUACCCCGGCAUCCUGCCGAGCAGAGACAAAUACGGCCGCGUGGUUCUGCUCUUCAACAUUGAGAACUGGGACUACGAGGAGAUCACGUUUGAUGAGAUCCUGCGUGCCUACUGCGUGAUCCUGGAGAAGCUGCUGGAGAACGAGGAGACUCAGAUCAACGGGUUCUGCAUCAUUGAGAACUUUAAGGGCUUCACCAUGCAGCAGGCGUCAGGAAUCAAACCCACCGAGCUCAAGAAGAUGGUGGACAUGUUGCAGGAUUCAUUCCCUGCCCGUUUCAAAGCUGUGCACUUCAUCCACCAGCCUUGGUACUUCACCACCACCUACAAUGUGGUCAAACCACUCAUGAAGGGCAAGCUGCUAGAGAGAGUGUUUGUCCACGGAGACGAGCUGGAAAACUACUACAAAGAGUUUGACGCCGACAUCCUUCCCUCUGAGUUCGAUGGGAAAGGUUCCAAGUACGACGGCAAUGCCACAGCAGCCAAGCUGUUCGACUAAACCUCCUCCCUCCAUUUGCACCAACCAGGCGAAGAGCCAUUAUAUAUUACAAACCCCACAGACUGUGGAGACUCAAAGGUCAAAUCUAACUGUGUGGUUGUGGGAAAAAAACAUUAUGAAUGAAAGGCA